AUGGCAAAGUCUUUCAGUAUCUGCGCCGGUCCAGACACCGACAUCUGGAAGAAGCCCCCCACCACGGACGUGUUCAACGCCCCUUUCAAGACGCACUCGUCCAACCCCGUGUCCAAGUUCCGCGCCGCCCAGGUCACAUUCACCGCGACGUACGCGCAGCGCUACGACCAGGCCGGCCUGCUCUUCCGCCUCACGCACCCGUCGCGGCCGCGCAAAUGGGUCAAGACGGGCAUCGAGCUGUACGAGGGCCUGCCGCGGCUGUCGACCGUGAGUUGCGACGCCUGGGCCGACUGGAGCGUCGGCGCCGUGGCGCGCGCCGACGAGGUCGCCACGGGGGACAGGAGCGUGACGGUGCAGGUGCGCAGCGAGGGCGACGAGAACGGCCGCAGCUGGUGGGUGUACCACGUCGACGGGGAGACGAGGACGCCGCUGCGCGAGAUUUGCUGGGUCGCGGAUGGGCAGUACGCAGACUGGAAUUUGGAAGUUGCGGCGCUGGUGGCGAGGCCAGCCAAGGAUGGCAAGGACCAGCUCGAGGCCAAGUUUGACGACUUUACGGUGGACUGGGCUUGA